AUGCUGUUGGCACUAAAGCCACCAUCGUUGAUGCAGCACGACAUUAAAACAUCCCCCCGUCUCGGUCAUAUCCAUGAUUACUCCACUUCCGCUCACUCAUACAAACCAACUCACAAUAAUACGACCUUCAGCCGUUACUCCCCGCCGGAUUCGCCACGCCACCUGCCUUCGUUUUUCACGAACGGCGCUACUCCUGCAGCCGCCACCAACGGCGACACUGCCAUGAGCAGUGGUUCUGGCCACGGCCAUUCAUAUACACACCAGCCGCCGCCACCACCGCCAGCCUCAUCACAUCCACGCGGACUCCCUCCACCAUCUUCUGCAGGUUUCUCGUUGCCACCACCCACGCCGGUCUCUGCAGACCCGCACUACCGGUCUUCCUCAGCGGCGCCUUUGCAGCCGCCUGCACAGCCACAAUCGCAACAUCAUGGACUUUCGUCUGGCAGCACUAUGGGAACGCUCCCAGCUCCACCAUCGUCAUGGUCGACUAGUGCUGCAAGCAAUGACGAAGCUAUGCGCAAUUGGUUGCACGCCAAGAUAGAGGAGGAUCGACGGAAGCAGGAGGAAGAGAAGACUCGGCAGGAAAAUCUGAAACUGGACAGGCGUCGAAUGGAACGAGACAUGCUACACGAAUCACUGGAACGAGGCAUUCCGCCGGUGAUGGUACCUCUGAUCUUUGCUGGCAUCGGAACCGGCUCGGAGACAACACUCAGUCAAGCCAUGGAGUUUGCGCAAACCUGGAUGCAGAACUUCUCAAUUCAGCAACAAACACCAUCCAGUGCGUCGGACGCUCAGCGACUGGCAUAUGAGCAGCAGCUCCGCCAGCAAGGCUCACUCCUCACUUCCGCAUCUUCACCGGACAUCCGGAGGGAACGCGAUCAGCGAGAACUGCGCGAUCGCAUGAUUCCACCAAACCCAUAUGGAGCACAACAACAAGCACCACACUCCUCUGACCGAGCAUCCUUUCGAGCGUCCUUCUCCGGCGCACAAAGUGGCGCUCUCUCGAAGCUCAACACUGUGGACUUUGCACCACCCGCUCAACACCGGCAGCCAUUGCACUCUACUCAUUCCGCAAGCGACCUGAGACUGCGCAGCGAGCGCGACGAUCUUCCCAGUGCGCCAUCUGCAUCCACUCUUCCGACAGGCACCACGUCAUCCACCACUGGCCAGGGCUCAGCGAGCGGUGGUGGCGGAGGCGGUGCGGCGCUUUUCUUCCACCACUGGACACCCCCGACCGGUGGUGGCGCCAGCAGCACAACAUCUGCACCACCUACGAGCGGCACUCAGCAACAGCCACCGACUCCGUCUACGAAAUCAAUGCAAGGCUCUCCAUUUGGCUCCCAGGGCAGCACUUCUGGCGGCCCGACAAACACCUCGUCCACCCAUGGCCAUCUACGUAAACAAGCCGGCCCUUCGGCGGUGGCGGUCAGUGAUGUUUACGAGAACAGCCCGAAGAAGCGCAAGACUGCGCACAACACCCCCGGGCCAAGUCAGCCUGGCUCCGGCUCCAGUGCUGGAGGUGGAAGUGGGCCGGUCAGUCAGGGCGCGUUGGCGGCUGUGAGGGCACAGGUCGCGCAAGAGGAGGAGGAAAUGGCCAGACGUGGUGGAGGAGGCGAUCCGACCGGGAGGAGGGGCAGUGAAGAAGGAAGUGAUCGUGGCCGUGCUGGGCAACCGCAGGAAGACGUCGGACCCCUGAGGCCGAGUUCGAGGCAAUUGAGGAGGGAAGAGGAAGAGCACCACCAACAUCACGCGCAGCAGUAUCAACAUCACCAGCAACAAGGAGGAAGUUACCAAAGGUACGAAUCUGAGCCUGGGCGACCACCUGAUCGCUGA